AGGGGCCGGGGCUGUCGGGGUGCGCGGGGCGCGGUGCCAAGCCGAGGUUCUCCCACUGAGGUGGUGGCGAAAGGCGCAUUCCUCCCCCAAAUCGCCUCUUUGGAAUCCCGGCGCCGCCAGAAAAGGGGCUCUCUGGAGCUGUGCUGGGUUUGAGCACCGCUCCCAAACUCCUGCCAUAAGUGACGUUUGCCGUUUUCCUACGCCAGGCCGUAGGGAGAGGGGAAAAGUUAUGGCCGAAAGAAUUUAGGAUGCGCCCCCAGGGGUUGUUUUGUCAAGACGCUCCUUUUGCAAAAUCUGCAGUUGAAAAAAAACAAUUUUUUUUUAUAAGAAGAGAAUGGAUGGAGAAGAGAAAACGUACGGUGGGUGUGAGGGCCCAGAUGCUAUGUAUGUGAAGUUAAUAUCCUCUGAUGGCCAUGAGUUCAUUGUAAAAAGAGAGCAUGCAUUAACAUCAGGAACAAUAAAAGCUAUGUUGAGUGGACCAGGUCAGUUUGCAGAAAAUGAAACAAAUGAGGUCAAUUUUAGAGAGAUCCCAUCCCAUGUCCUAUCCAAAGUAUGCAUGUAUUUCACCUACAAGGUCCGCUAUACUAACAGCUCUACGGAGAUUCCUGAAUUCCCAAUUGCACCUGAAAUUGCACUGGAACUUCUGAUGGCUGCAAACUUCUUAGAUUGUUAAAUAAAAUAAAUUAUAAUUAAAAAUGUAAAACUUUUUUCAGUAUUUAAUACAUGUAGUUCAGUUAGUAACUUUUUUCAGAUAGCAUGUUGCGUGUGUGCUGUUGAGAACUGUAAAGUUCACUGCAGAGGCAAAUGCCUUCAGUUCUUUUGCAUAUAGCAAUCAUUCAGUUGGAGUUUGUUUUGCUGCUUACACAAAUGAGGACCUUUUCACAAACAGACAAAUAAACAAAUAUGCCAAUUA